AUGUCGACCGCCUCGGUGGGGCCCCAGGGCGGCCCUCGCCCACCCACCGCGCCGCCGACCGUUCCCGAACUGCCGGACCUCAGCCAUCUCACGGAGGAGGAGAGGAAAAUAAUCAUGGCCGUAAUGGAUCGGCAGAAGGAGGAAGAGGAGAAAGAGGAAGCCGUGUUAAAGACGCUGCACCAGCAGUUUGAGAGUUACAAGGAGCAGGUGCGUCGCAUCGGCGUGGAGACGCGGCGCCAGCAGCAGGGCCAGCACAAGGACGACGCCCCCACCUGCGGCAUCUGCCGCAAGACCAAGUUCGCCGACGGCUGCGGACACCACUGCUCCUACUGCCAGACCAGAUUCUGCGCCCGCUGCGGCGGACGCGUCUCCCUGCGCUCCAACAACGUAAUGUGGGUAUGCAACCUGUGCCGUAAGCAACAGGAGAUCCUCACCAAAUCGGGAGAAUGGUUUUCGGGGCCGGGGGCGAGGCAGAUGAGCCUGGAUGGCGGCCUGAACGCCCCGCCCACGGGGGGUGACAGGAAGCUACUCCGCUCCAGGUCCCAGGCCCCUCCCUCUUCCAGCGGUAACGCUGGGGCGGCGCCCGACGGAACGCAUCAUCCGCCAACGUUACCGGCCAAGGGAGUGUUGGACACCAUGCCGGCGUCACGCGCUCGGAGCGAACCACCACGAGACAAGUAG